AUGGCCUAUUUCCUGAAGCAUCUCACUGAGGAGACAAUGGCACUCAAGAAACUGCUGAUUCCACCAGAGUUCAUUAGUAACUGCGGGAGGGCAAAUUUGACCAACCCGGUAGUUCUGGAACCAACUGUUGGAGAUCCACCACAGGUGGAGGUGGAGCUCUACGAGGAUGCCAGGGGUUUUUGGCUGAGAAAUGGCUGGCAGGAGUUUGCAGAUCGCAAUUCUCUCACUCAUGGACACUAUGUGUUGUUCGAGUACAAAAGCUUCUCCAGGUUCAAGCUUGUGAUGUUUGGAGCAAAUGGGGUGGACGUGAUGUGUCCAGCUUCCAGCUUCCACAAUGUGGGCUCGAAUCGAAACCUGGAGUUUAGAGAGGCUGAGCAGGACGAAGAGGCCAGGGGCUCACCUGUGGCUGGAAGUGGUGGGGGGCAGCCAGCCCGGCCGCGGUUUGCAGAGAAUGCCAAGCAAAAAGCUUUCAUGGCUACUAGGAAGGGGAGAACUGCUGAUGGUGGACAGAGUGGUAAGAGGAACCAGUUUGGUAAGGAUAAGGCUGAGACCUCACGCAUUCCAGCCAAGGCUGAACAUGUUGAAGUGAUGAUGGGACGGGCGCAUGGCUCUUGUCCUUUGUCUUCAACCAACGAAGUAAAAGCGAACGGGGACCUGGACGUGGACUGGGCCGCUUCGCUGGUGGUUGGCCAGCAUUCCGUAAUGACAACUCUCUGA